AUGGUCAUCCUCCCCAUGAGCUGUAAGAAGGACGAGAGUGGGGGGGUGCAGCAGGACCAGCUGUGGAGGGAGCGCCUGGAAGCCAAGCAGCGGAGCCAGCAGCGCUGGGCUCGGGCCUGGAGCUUCCGGAAAGACCGCGGCCACAUGGGCAAUCAAAAGGAGCCGGAGGAGCUGCCGGAGCACGCCCCCAGUUCCACGAACCGGGUCGUGGGCAGCAGGGUGGACACGGCCCUGGGGAAAACCCUCAUCGGCCUGGACUCCCUCUUCGUGGAAGGAGCCCGGGAGAAGAAGCUGGCAGAUGAGCUGCAGCCGUCUAGGAGAAGGGCUCCCGGGCUGCCCCAGCUUCUAGAGGCUGCCCACUUCCCGUGGCCCUCAGCCCCCUGCAUCUUCAAGGCGGCUUCGUAG